AUAACAAUCAACAAGUAAAAGUGUUUAGAGAUUACUGUGAAAGACUGAUUAUUGUCACUGCUUUUUUUUAAUUAUAAUAAAUAAAUAAUUUACAAAUUAAGAACAUGUGUAUGUUCCACUGAUUUACCAAUAUAAUAUUAAAAUAGUAGCAUAUUUUCACUUUCAUUAACAAUUAACAGUUUAAAUACGUGCUGUUUCGAGUAACGAACAUCUAAGCUUAAUUAAGUACAGACCAACCUAUUAAAAUGAUUCAUAUUUGUUUCAUAUAGCUUGAUUGUUUUAAUGAGAUUGUACUCGAUUUAAACUGAGAAUGGGCGUUACAUAGACAGUUUGAACAAUGUCUGAGCACAUAGAAUCAACUGACUGUGGUACAAAAGUAGUACAAUCAUGGAGAACUUUAGUUAAUACACUAAAUACAGGACACAAGAUUUAUCCCCUUGAUCUGAAUCCGUCUAGGGAUUGUGAAUUCAUAGUUAUUGAUUCUAAGAUUCAAAUAAGAGUUAUACAUGUUCUACCUGGUUUUGUAAGGAGGUCAAUUGUUGUUUCUCAACCAAUACUAUUUGAUACUAAAAGAUGUUCAUUGUCAGAAGAAUACUGGUUCAGCAAAUGGAAUAAACCAUUAAAACUUGGAAACUGUAAUUGUUCAUUUAGGAGGUCAUUCAGGCAUUCCAUUAUUUCAAGUCAACCUCUAGGAUAUAGUAAUGAAACUAGUAGAAAACUGGUACCCAGUUUAGAACUGUCUCCAACCAAAAUUACAAAUAUAGCAACAUUUGUAGAACGUCUUAUUCAAGACACAUUUUUUGAAGCCUUUUAUGAAUAUUAUAUGGUAAAAAAUAAAGAUAAUAGGGGCAGAAACACAAACAAUGGUCAAAUCAAUUUAGGAUAUGAAGUGACAGAUGAAGAUAAUAUUGUUAUAACAUUGCGUAAAAAGACUAAAUCAAAUGACUUUGCAGCUAACAAGACUGAUUUGAGGAAUAGUUUUUGUGUUAGAAAAACAUGCAUUCAUAAAAAAUCUAUACAAAAACCUCUUGUGAUAUUGUUUCAUGGAAUAGGAACAUCAGCAGAUAUAUGGACUAUAGUUAUAAAUGCUUUGACUUGUCGUGGUUAUGAAGUUAUUGCUCCUGAUAUGUUAGGACACGGCUUUAGCUCAGCACCAACAAAAUCAACCUAUUAUACUUUUAAUAAUCUUCUUAGACAAGCACUCACAAUUUUUGACCAUUACAUGGGAGAGAGUAAAAGAAAGUGUGUUCUAAUUGGACAUUCUUAUGGUUGUAGUUUGAUAACUGCUAUGUAUCCACAUAGAGCACAGAAAAUUGGGCAACUUAUAUUGAUAAGUGGUGGUGGACCAAUUCCUUUAGCACCACCUGUAAAAGAAAAUGAAAUAUCUCCAUUAGGAUGUGCAUAUACUUUCCUAAAUCCUUUACUAUACUGUGGUGUCAAAAGGAGUCUUUUCUUUCUAUCAAGAGGCAAACAUUUUAAAGUUUGUGAUGAUGAAAAUGGUUUACCAAGACAUGUUGUCGAAAAUAUGACAAAAGGUCAAAAAUGGUCCCAAGGAGAUACAGCUUUUCACAGAAGAAUUAUAUCUCCUACCCUUUUAGUACAUGGAUUACAAGAUACACACGUAACACUAGUCCAAGAGUGUGAGAUGGAAAGGACAAUUCCAAGAGCUUUUUUGGAACUAAUUCCUAAUGCUGGACAUUUACCAAUGAUUGAAACACCAGAGCAUUUAAUACACAUGAUUAUUUGUUUUUUAGAUAUGUGGAGUUGAUUCAUAGAAAUUUCUGAUGUUUAUCAUUUUUCUACAAAACUUUUAAGAUACACAUUACGGUUGAAUGUACAUGAACAUUCAAUUAUGAAUUUUUUUGAAUUUGAUAUUUUACAUAUAUAUAUAUAUAUAUAUAUAUAUAU